ACUUAGUUCAAGUUCUUGGACAAGACGUCGAUUGGCAUGGCGUCAGGGGAAUGUGUGGCACUUUAGAAGGUCUCUGGACGUAAUUUUGGGUAAAGAUAGCCCAGCAUGACGUCGGUUGCGCAGCUCGAGGUGGAGACCGAGUCGGCGGCCCCCACUGGCCUCGAGUUCGUUUCAGUGAGUUCUGGCGAUGCAACAAUCCCUGAAGGGAGUAUUGCAAUUGACAUUGACGAUGAGAAACAGGACACUGGCUACAGCGGUGGUGUACGGAACAGAUCACGGGAAGCUACAUCUCAGUUUCUUUCCAAAAAGGGCUUCGGAUGGAUGCUUGAAGUUGAUGAUCAGGAUGAAGAUGAGAAACCACUUUUAGAAGAGCUGGACAUUGAUCUGAAGGACAUUUAUUACAAGCUACGCUGUGUGCUGCUUCCGCUGCCGUUCCUGGGCUUCAAUCGUGCUGUUAUCCGCGAUGCUCCCGACUUCUGGGGCCCCCUGCUUGUUGUACUGGUCUAUGCUAUGGUAUCUCUGUUUGGACAGCUAAGGGUUAUAUCGUGGAUCGUCACGAUCUGGAUAUUCGGUACCUAUCUUCUCUUUCUACUGGCUAGAGUUCUGGGUGGCAGUGUAAGUUUCUCACAGAUGCUAGGUGUCAUUGGCUAUUCCCUACUACCGUUGAUCAUCAUUGCAACAGUACUUCCAUUGCUCCAUCCUUUUCCACUGCUCUCCAGCUGCUCCAAGGUAUUUGGUGUUAUCUGGUCUACGUACAGUGCCAGUUCGCUCCUAAUCCAAGAAGAACUGCAACAGAAAUCCUCACUUCUACUCUAUCCGAUCUUUCUUCUAUUUGUCUACUUCUUCUCUUUGCAUUCCGGUGCAUAGCUGCGGCAGUAAGGAUUGAGAUGAUCAUUUUUGCAGUCUGUACUCCGCAGUAUCAUGGAAUAAUAUAUUGUUCGUUGGCCCAGCCACUUGAGGAAACUGCAUUCACAUGCUAGCUGUAAAGAUAAUAGUGCUUGCGCUGGUCGGCAGCCCGAAUCUAAGCCUGGUCUGCAGCAAGGCCAUGCUGCCCCUGUGCUCCGCUGCCUUUUGUCCGCCCUCCGAGAUUCACCCGUGUACUCAUUAAUGCUAACACCACCAUCUGCACCGCCGCCGUUUCCAUGCUGGAGACCUGUCAGGUCUUGCUCCCCGUUUGAGUACACUGUACAGACUCCAACUUGUCACACACUACGACCUGCUGUGCAGGGAACUUUUGUUGAUGCUUUCUUGUUUGUUUUUUUUGUUUUUUUUUUAAUGACAUUGUUUUGAUAACAUGAUAACCUUUUGUUGACUAGACGAAAAUCAUUGGCAGCACUCUCGAUUAUAGCCGUUUCCAAAUACAUGUUGUGCUAUGUUCGUGGCUGUCUCUAGCGUGUAUACUCAUUUUACUCAGAUGAUAAUCUCCUCCAAUAAAACACUAAGUGUCAUGACAUUA